GAAACUUACCGGCUCAGCUGAGCGGAGCGCGUGAAGCUGCUGACGCCUCGGCGUGAGUUCGCGGGAACAGCGCGUGCCUUCCGUUUAGCGCUCCAGCAGACGUGUUGGUGGUCUCUGCUGCUGCUCAGUCAAGUCCCGCUCACUUCCCCGUCCCACAUUAAAACACUUUGCGCCGUCAGUCUGUGUGUCAGUCUGUGUGUCUGUGAGCGUCAGCUCCUCGCGCUGCAGACAGCUCGUGCAGCACACCUGGAGAAAACUGAUCUGUAUUUAAAUGAUGGCGGGUGUCACGUGGAUCCUGACCGUUCUGUGUGCUGCGGGAUGUCACCUGGCUUCAGCCUCACCUGUUCACAGCUCCACCCUGGUGGUGCCGGUGGGCCACAACGUCUCUCUACUCUGUAACAUGACGCACAGAGAUGAGAUCACCUGGUACCUGCUGCGCUCAGAGCAGCUGCAGCCUCUGUUAACUGUUAAAGAGGGGAGGUUUGGUGGCACCACUGACCAUCACACAAACAACCAUCGCAUGAAGUGUGACGGGACGCUGCAGACCGGCCUGGUCAGCCUGGAGAUCCAGGAGGUGGAGGAGGAGGAUGCUGGGCUGUACUUCUGCAUCGGGAGGUUUGCAGAUAAGAUGCACGUUAACAGAGGAAUUCAGCUGACUGUGGACGGAGGUGCCGGGCGGUCGUCCACAGACCGGAUGAAGCAGCCGUGUUUGAGUCUGGGGCUCUGCCUUCUGCCGGCGCUGCUCGCCUUCUGCGUCGUCUGCAUGGCUGGAUGCUACCUGUGGUCAGGUGUGUUUCACGUGUCCUGUAAUGCUUCCUCAGCUCAGCCGUGUCACGUUUGUCAAGCUCAGUUUAUCGGAGGUCAAAGUUCAGGUGGGAUUGUUGCACUUUUACUUGGAGCUGCGCUGCCCUCUGGUGGUGGGCAGGAGUUACAGCACUCUGCCCAUAAAACAGUUCACACUGAGUCUGCAGGUAAUGAACAAACAUAUCAGCAGCGUGCGGUAAUGGAGCGCCUUCAUUCAUGAUGUGAUGUGAGUCUAACUUCCUGUCUACGUUCAAAGGUGCGUAUAUGAAUAUCACAGGUUUGUUGUAUGUCGGGACACGAGUCUGUGGAGUCUGACAAACACGAUGCUUCCACAGGUGUUUGCAGUACUGACACAAAUGUAGUGUUUAAAUGUCACGCUAACACCGUCACAGUGGUUCUGAUUAGGAUGCAGAUGGAAAGCUAAUAACAAAUCCUGCAGAAUGAAACCUAACUGAAGCUUAAAAAUGAAAACGAUGUGUGGCAGCUGUGUAGGUCAGGUGUGUGAUCGCGGUGACAGCGUCCUGCGUGAACAGGUUUUACCAGCUCGGUCAAACAAACACUUUUGUUCUGGAAGGAUCCACGAGUGUGGGGCUCUUUAUUUAAAGGGAAAGCUGUUAAACUUCAGUUAAUCAUUUUUCACGUUUCCAGACCCUCCAGGGGGCCGGACUGGCGUCUUUGCCAGGCCGAUUCUGGGCCCCGGCCCUUAUGUUUGACACCCCUGGUUUU